AUGGAUCGUUGGAAAAAGGCCAUCGCCGCUGUCAGGCUGCAGUCCAUUGCCGACAGCAUGAGACGCCCCGAAUAUGGCGAGGACGGUCUCGAUCCCGGCUUCCAUCCUGCAGAUGUCGGUGCGACGGAUGAUCUCCAGCAGGCCGCGGCGUGUAGCGACCGUACGAGCGGCGAGCACGACAACGAUGAAGAAAAGGCCAACGCAACGCUCCGUGAGGUGCAAGACCAGGAGGCCGCCGACAUCAUACGCACCUUUGGCCUGCACAGCAAGCCACCAGGCAAUGCAGACGGCCUGUCGACAGGUGCCACAACACCGGAAGGCACCACGGCCACUACCACCCCCGACGGCCUCACCGGCGAACCGGCCUCGGCACCCGUGAAUGCGGGACUCUUGUCGACUCUUCUCCGACUAUCGCAACUCGAAAAGACGAGUAAAAGCAUCAUCAACAAGGAGUACUUUCUCAACAAGAUAUAUCUAGACCCAGACGCCACACGAGACAAGCGUACGAAAUGGUACGAGGACCCUAACAUGAAGAAGAGCUCUUCAUCCAUCCCCAAGCUCUCUGCGUUGACAUCGACGGCCGAGCAACGCCGUCUCAAGCGCCAGCAGCGAAAGCAGAAGAAGCUCACUGUCCACGUUGCCUCUAUCCUGGCGCGCCAGCGCUACAUUAUGCAGCUGUGCCGCGCCUUCAUGGCGUACGGCGCGCCGACGCACCGCCUCGAACAGUACAUGGUCAUGACGGCAAGCAUCCUCGACGUCAGCGCCCAGUUCCUCUACAUGCCCGGCUGCAUGGUCAUGUCCUUUGACGACCGCGAGACGCACACGGCGCAGGUCAAGCUGGUCCGCUCUGUCCAGGGCAUGGACCUGAGCCGCCUGACCGAGGUGCAUAACAUCUACAAGAGCGUCAUCCACGACAAGAUUGGCGCCGACGAGGCCGCCGAGGAGCUCGACAAGAUCAUGAAGCGCAAUCCACGUUACAACAAGCCCUUUAUCAUCCUUUUGUACGGCCUGUCUUCGGCCUGCAUCGGCCCCUGGGCCUUUGGUGCCCGACCCAUCGAUCUGCCCAUAAUUUUCUUCCUCGGUGCCUUUGUCGGCUUCAUGCAGCAUGUUGUCGCGCCGUAUUCUAUCCUCUUUGCAAACGUAUUCGAAGUUGCCAUGGCCAUUAUCACAUCCUUCAUCGCACGAGGCAUCGGUUCAAUCCGGGCGACCGGCCCGUUUGCUAAUCUGUCGGAUAGAAAGUACGUGUUUUGCUUCUCUGCAAUUGCGCAGUCGUCCAUCUGUAUGAUUCUGCCCGGCUUUUCUGUUCUAUGCAGCAGUCUCGAACUGCAGUCCCACCAAAUCAUUCCCGGUUCAGUGCGACUGGUCUACACCAUCCUCUACUCGCUGUUUCUCGGAUAUGGCGUCACGAUUGGCACGACCGCGUAUGGCCUUAUAGAUAAAGGCGCAACCGGCGAGGGAUCGUGCCUUGGCCAGCCACAGCAGCCGUACGGCAACGCCUACGUGCAACACUUCCCGUUUGUCGCCGUGUACUGCAUCCUUGCCGGUCUCGUCAACCAAGCACGCUUCCGCCAGACACCCAUCAUGGCUGUCUUUGGCCUCAUCGGGUACAUGCCCAACUACUUCCUCAGCAACCGCCUAGGCUCUUCCACAGGGCUGGCCAACACAGUCGGCGCCUUUGCGCUGGGUACGGCGGGUAACCUGUACAGUCGUCUUUGGCACGGUCACGCGGCGUCAGCCAUCAUCCCGGGAAUUUUCACAAUUGUGUCGUCGGGCCUCGCCGCGUCCGGCGCCAUCAUCUCUGGCCUGCAGUACUCGAAGCAGAUUCAGGACGGCACCAUCAACGAUGCCACAGUCAUCAAUUCUAACAACUCCCUGACCGGUCUGGGUUAUGGAAUGAUUGAGGUGGCCAUUGGUGUGUCGGUGGGUCUCUUCAUCUCAGCCGUCGUCGUCUAUCCGUACGGCAAACAGCGUAGCGGGCUAUUUAGCUUUUAA